AAGAGUAGUUCUACGCCCGGCGACAUGCAGUUAGAAUACGGUCGGAUGUACGCGAAGUAAUCAGAAGUAGCGUUGGCAGCGCCAAGCGAAGAUAUUUUUUCGAAACGCCCGGACGUCAAAGUGUUAAUAAAGAUCUUUAAACUUGUGUUAAUGAUAAGACAGAUACGAUUGAGAUUCUCCGAUAAUUAUUGUUGUUAAAUCGCAGAAAUUUCUUUAAAAUUUUUUUUAAAUUUCAAUUUUUUAAGAAUAAUAAUUUUUCUGACCAAUUAGAGAAAGUUAUGAAAUUUCGCGCAUGCGCAUUGAUCGUGUAACAAGACACGAGUUCGUUCUUCGCACAAUUAAACUAUUAUUUCUUUGUUUACAAUUGAUAAAGAAAAGAUAUUUCCGGUUUUUCUUAUAUGUAGAAAACAUUAUUUCAAUUCGAUUUAUGAAACUUAGCGUUCUGCGUUUUUCAAAUUAUAUUUUUGAAAUGCCUAUGUUUUAUUAUGCCGUUGCCAGAGGAAGAAAACCAGGAAUUUAUCUUUCUUGGCCAGAAUGUGAGCAACAAGUUAUGAAAUAUUCUGGAUCUAUAUUUAAAAAAUUUCCCACUCAAGAAGAAGCCGAAAGUUUUAUAUGUCGAUAUUCUUCGAAUGCAUCGAAAAAUGGGAUUCCAAUUGCUGUUGAAUGUCAAAUGGAAGACAACUGUAGAUGUUCGUCAACACUGCAAUCACAAUUGGACCGAUCAAAAGCUAAGAAUUCUGUUAACAUAGUUUUACCUUCUACAAGUAGCCAAUCUUAUACCGAUGUAUAUACAGAUGGGGCAUGCUCGUUAAAUGGUUUUAAAGGUGCACGUGCAGGAAUUGGUGUUUGGUUUCCAGCUCCUCAUCUUAAACAUUUAAAUAUAUCCCAACCUGCUAUUGGUAAAGCAACCAAUAAUAGGGCAGAGAUUCAAGCAGUGACUAUGGCAGCUAGACAAGCCAAAAAGGCUGGUAUAAAAAAAUUAAGAAUUUGCACUGAUUCCAAAUUUCUUAUUAAUUGUAUAACCAAAUGGAUGCCCAAGUGGAAAAGAAACGGAUGGUUAACUGCAUCUAAGGGUCCAGUUAUCAACAAAGAAGAACUUUUAGAAAUGGAAAGAGAGCUUGAAUCUUUACAGAUUAUAUGGAAUCAUGUUAAAGGACAUUCAGGAGUUUAUGGCAACGAGAUGGCGGAUAAAUAUGCGAGAAAAGGACUUGAAGCUUACCAUUGAUUUUUCAAAAAAAAAGCUUUAUUUUUUACGACAUAUAUCCUUUAAUUCUAGUAUUCAUAAAUAUAUGAUGAGUGUAGAAAAUAUUCAUACACCAAUCAAUUGUAUACAAAGCUUUA